GCGCCUCCAGAUCUCUCUCUCGCUCUCGCUCUCGCUCUCUGCACACUUGCGGCGAAUUGGAGAUAGAUCGGAGGAAAGGCUGAAAGCAAUCGACGAGGAGGAAAUCGCCAUCGAGGACGAAGAAGCGGGAUCGGAGGAAUUCGAGAGAGGAGGGAUCGAAGCCGAAAGCAAUCGCCGUCAUUCUGUCUUUUUGCUCUCAGGAUUCGGUGCUGCUGAGUCCAGUAGUGGUUUCUCGGAUCGGUCGCCUCGUUCUUUCGUCAAGGGUGGCGGAUCGAUCUCGUUGCAUUCGAAGCGAUGGCUUCUGUGUAUCCGGCUCACGUCGAUGCGGUCCAGGUUGGCGCUUUUUUUUUGAAGAAUUACUACCCGAUUCUUCAACAACAGCCAGAGCUAGUGCACCAGUUCUACACGGAAUUGAGCUCCAUGGUGCGAUUUGAUGGGACUGCAACAGAAUCAGCAACCGGGAUGCAAAUUCAUCAUCUUGUCAUGUGCCUGAAUUUUAAGGGGAUAGAGAUUAAGUCAGCCCACUCCUUGGAGUCAUGGAAUGGUGGAGUUUUGGUGAUGGUUUCUGGUUAUGUGGAACUGGAAGACUAUAGCUCUAGGAGGAAAUUUGUUCAAACCUUUUUUCUUGCUCCCCAAGAGGAAGGAUAUUUUGUUCUCAAUGACAUUUUUCACUUCCUUGAAGAGGAACAUAUUCAUCAGCACCCAGCAGCCCUCAUGCCUCAAGGUGAAUUUGAGACUGAUAUGAAGGAGUCCAGUCCUGCAUCAGAAACAGUGUCAGUUCGUGACUACACUCCGGGAGAAGUUCAGGCUCAGGAUAUGGCACCUCCAAUUCAUGUGGAAGAAAAUGUCACUGCUGAGAAAUAUAACACUGUUGAAGCACCACAGCAACUUUCAGUUUCUGACGAAAGAUUAGAUGAGCCUCCUCAAGAUAGUGCUUCAUACCCAGUUGCCUUGGAGACAAUGAGAGAGCCGUCGCCUCCCACUGCUCCUGAAGAGCCUGCUGGAGAGCCUACUAAGCACACAUAUGCCUCCAUUCUUCUUGCUAAAGGCCAAUCUGGUUUACCCACGCAUCAACUGGCGGUUGCCAAGGGCUCUCAAAUUACUUCAGAACGGGCUCAUUCCACACAACCAAUUCCCCAGCAACCACAGCCGGCUAUCAUUUCUGAGAAGUCUGGCUCUGAGUCAAUUGAGGAGGUUUUACUAGUUGAAGAUGAAGGCGAUAUAAAAUCUGUCUAUGUUGGCAAUCUUCCUUCAUCUAUUUCAAUUUCAGACCUUCAGCAAGUCUUCAAGCACUUUGGUAAAUUAAGACCAGAUGGUGUUUCUAUUAGAAGCCGCAAGGAAUCUGAUGUUUUCUAUGCUUUCAUUGAAUAUGAAGAUGUCAUCGGUGUACAGAAUGCACUUAAGGCAUCUCCAGUGCAGAUAAAUGGGAGGUUGAUUCAUGUUGAGGGAAGAAGACCUAAUAGUGGUAUUUCACGUGGAAAGAGAGAGAGAGGCAGAGGCAGAGGAUACCCCUCUGAGGCCUCAAGAGGGCGUGGUGGCGGUCGGAUUUUCAGCCGGGGCAGCAGGCCUCAAGAUAGCGAAAGGGACUAUACGAGUCGGUCCAGAGGAAAUGGUUAUCCUCAACGAGUUCAAGACAGAGGUUACUAGGCGCUCCAGCUCCCAAAGACGGAACAACGAUAAGCUUCGUUAGCUUCCCAUUACAUGGGAAAUACUGCUGUCUCCAGGUGUAUGUUUUCUUUUCAGCAAUUCCAAGUAUAUUUGUAUGCUGCUUUUCUGGAGUGUAAUUUAUAAUUUCUAUUUUGUGGAAUGACAUUGCAUGUAGAAGAAUCAUUUUAUGUUUGCUCCUCAAUUGCUUAGGAUGAUUUUGUUUUUCAA